AUGGUGGCUGAUGACAACACCCAUUCGAUCAGUGAAAUAUUAGUCAAUAAGCUAAUUAUCAGAGGGCAACUAAAAUCAGCAACGGCGAUAUCCAAAAGCGAUAGUCAGUUGAAAGUGGAUAAAGAAUCAAGAGUCCAACAAGAGACUAAUGUAAAGGUGGAACAACAACGUGGUGGUUUUCGGAAAUUACUGAUGCGAAUUAGUGAAAAAAUUGGUACCACAGAAAAGACUGAGUACACCAAAUGCUUCACUGAUAUGUGCAAGGAAGUGGACGAAUACAGAGUUAUAAUCGAGGAUAUAGCACAACAAUUAAUUUCUAUUCUUCAACAAGAUCCACGUUAUGUGCCAAAACCACCCGGUAAGAUGGAAAUUGAAGCUCCGCCGCAGGAAGAUCCUUUUGAAUUAUUGGAAAUGGCGCUUAAGAUAACAAGCAAUCAGAUGGAGUCAAAAAAAGAAGUUGAACAAAUCCAAAUCUCAGCACUUAAACUUGCAUCAUUAAAUCGUGAAUAUCAUCGAAAAGGUCGCCGAGCCAUACACAACAUUCGGACGUUCAUUAACGUCGAUUACGAAAAUAUUCGAGACGCAAGGAACAUGUUGGAGAAAUUUCGCCAAGAGCUUGAUUUUGCGAAGUAUGAACUGAGAGGUGCUAAGACUCCUGAAACAAUUCAAGUGAACAACGCCCUUUAUGCUGACGCACUCAAAAAUUUCCAGAAACAGUUGUGUGAUGUAUGA